AAAGUAGCGGUGAAUUGAGUUUGAUAUUGAAACUCAACGUGAAGAAAAAACAACAAAAAGGAAUGAUGGGUUCGGAAGAGGGCCGCCCGGGUAGUACGGCGAGGAUUCUGGCAACGUGCUUGAUCGGAGGGGUGGUUGUGGGCGUGUCGCUUUUGGGCUUAUCGCAGCUGCCUCUGGGAGUUCGGUGGAGGAAGAAGAAUAAACCCGUACGGGUCUACAUGGAUGGCUGUUUUGACAUGAUGCACUACGGCCACUGCAAUGCCCUGCGUCAGGCUCGUGCCCUUGGCGACCAAUUGGUUGUUGGUGUUGUUAGCGACGCCGAAAUCACUGCCAACAAAGGUCCUCCUGUCACCCCUCUUAAAGAAAGGAUGAUUAUGGUCAAUGCUGUGAAGUGGGUUGACGAGGUUAUCCCUGAUGCGCCUUAUGCCAUAACAGAAGAUUUCAUGAAGAAGCUUUUUGACGAGUACAACAUAGACUAUAUCAUCCAUGGUGACGAUCCAUGUGUUCUUCCCGAUGGUACUGAUGCUUAUGCUCUUGCCAAGAAGGCUGGUCGCUAUAAGCAAAUAAAGCGCACUGAAGGAGUCUCCAGUACAGACAUUGUUGGUCGUAUGCUUCUCUGUGUAAGAGAGAGAGCCAUUAAUGACAGUCACAACCAUUCUUCCUUGCAAAGACAGUUCAGUCAUGGUCACAGCCAGAAAUUUGAAGAUGGUGGCUCUGGAAGUGGAACUCGUGUAUCUCAUUUUCUGCCAACAUCUCGCAGAAUUGUUCAAUUCUCCAAUGGGAAGGGGCCAGGACCGGAUGCUCGCAUAGUUUAUAUAGAUGGUGCAUUUGAUCUUUUUCAUGCUGGACAUGUUGAGAUCUUGAGGGUUGCUAGGGAGCUUGGAGAUUUUCUUCUUGUUGGCAUACAAAAUGAUCAGACCGUCAGUGCUACUAGGGGAGCACAUCGCCCUAUAAUGAAUCUUCAUGAAAGAAGUUUAAGUGUUUUGGCUUGCCGCUAUGUAGAUGAGGUGAUAAUUGGUGCUCCAUGGGAGGUGUCAAGAGACAUGAUCACUACAUUUAACAUCUCAUUGGUUGUUCACGGAACAGUAGCAGAGAAUAAUGACUUUCAGAAGGAAAAGGACAACCCCUAUGCUGUUCCCAUCAGUAUGGGCAUCUUUAAAAUUUUGGAUAGUCCUCUGGAUAUCACCACCACCACUAUAAUUCGGAGGAUCGUAUCAAACCAUGAAGCCUACCAGAAACGCAACGAGAAAAAGGCAGAAAGUGAGAAAAGGUAUUAUGAGGGUAAAACUUAUGUGUCUGGUGACUGAUUGACGCCGGAUCGUCUGGGGCAGAUACAUGGCCAGGCGUUUAAUAGCGUUGGGCUAUAUUUUCUUCAGUUAUUGUCAACGAAAGAUUAAUAAAAUUUUCACAGUACUAACAUCACUGAUGAGGGUUUGCCAAAGUGUCGUACUGAUUCAUAAUUUCAAGAUAUCAUCUAAUUGCUGAAUUAGCCUUGUCAGGGUUUUUAUAUGUAUGUGUAUCGAUUUGACUAAA